AUGAACGGGGGUCAGGAGCCUCCGGAACUGCAGAAUCCGGAAAGUGUCGUUCGGUUAUCGGAGAGCGACAAGUUCGAUCUGAGUUUGCAGCCCAAUGUGGCCCUGGCUCCCCGCAAGACGAUACUUUGCAAAGAGCGCGAACGGGAAAGGGAGCGGGAGCGGGAAAAAGAACGAUCGGUAAUAAAAUGUGAUGUACAAAUCAAACAGGAGAGUCCACCGACACCGCCGGCAGAAGUGAUACCCCCGUCCGUGAUAAAGAUCAAAAAAGAACGACCCUCGACGCCCCCGAUGGAGAUGUCUCCCGGACUCCGGGUACCUUCUUCGCCAAGGUCGCCCCCUCCAUUGCCAUUGGUAGGGACUCCCCUGCUCGGAGGAGUCCCGAUCAAAACCGUUCCAUUGCCAUAUAGUCCCGGAGCGGAUAUGCAUCACUCCGGCUCCAACGAAAUCACUUCAUCCACCUCACCUGUACCUCCUGCGGUCAACAUGACCAUCAUGAACGGUUGCAUCUCAGAAAAACCAAAGCUACUGGUCAAAGAGCAGAUAAGACCUCCAUCGCCCCGAAGGACGCCCACCCUCAACGAAGAAAUGCUUCACCAUCGAUCUCAUCCAGCACCUGCAGUUAUACUGAAAAAUGGUGGAAUCUCAAUUGGGCCACCGGGGGGUGCACCUAUCGUGGGAAACCCAGAGUUUGAGCUGUCCACCGAUACCGACGACGACAGCUUAGCUGGCGAACCAGACAGCAGCAAUAUCUCGAUGGCCCCUCUCGAAAUCCUCGGCGAUGUAAUGAAAGACGUCGCCCAUGAAACUCGAGAACAGCUCAUGAGCAUUUUCAAACUACUCAUCCAAGAAACGGCACAAAUCCGGAAUCGGUUACUACAGGAUAACAAGCAAAAGGACGAUUUAAUAGCGGGGCUCCAUCGCGAAAAGGAAAGUUUGCAACUGCAAGUGCACCAUCUUCAGCAACAGCUGAACCGAUCUCUCAUCAAAAUGGCCACCUCGGAGUCCAACUCCUUGCAGCACCAGCACCACCAGCAGGACCUGGCCAUUGCUGCCAGUGCGAAUGCUGGUGUGGCCAGUGGCUCCGCCCCUUCAUCGACACCACCCUCACCUCUCUCGUUAGCUUCCAACGGCAGCAACAGCCAAAUCGUGAUCGAGAAGAUCGAACGAAGGAACAGUUUUCCGCAGAAAUCCGACGUCAUCAUGAAACCGCUGAAGAAAUGCCUGCGCCGAAGUCCUGACGAUUCAGUGUUGCAUACGCUACAAUCACCACCACCUCCUCCCCCGCCAGUAGCACCUCCAUCGACAAUUCCAGUCGCCAGUCUGUCAAUUAGUGCCACCAGCAUGAAGCUAGAUCCAUCCAUACACGACGAAGACGAGGACGAAGAUGAUGACAAAUCCCCACAGCAACAACAACCGAUCGAUUCUCCGCUGCUGGCCAACGGUGUGGUCUGCGGAGUGAUAGCAUCGCCCUCGCCACGACCACCAUCCAGGCCAGCGUCAACGGCUUCGACGGCAUCCAACGGCUCCACAAGCUCAGUGCCCCCGGUGCUAGAAAACGGUUCCAGUGGCGGCAGUAUCAAAUCCGCCAACAACGUGAGCCACGAGGUCAUCAAAAGUGCUAAUAACUGA